AUGGCUGACAACCAUACCUCAAGUCUUGCUUUUGAAAAAGAAAGCAUCGUUAUUGUGCAACAUGGAAUCUUUGGCCUCAUCAUUGAGACAUUGAACAACCAGAUCCAAGUGAAGUACCAAUCAGUCCAAGUGUCUCCCUUUGACACACACCGUGUCAUCAUGUUCAUUUUCCUCCUGGCUCUAUUUGUAUAUGCCACAGCAUCGGUGGUCGAGGUUAUGCUCCGAGCUUGUGAAUCAAUUUACGAUAGAUUUGUUGGCAAUAUCCUCCUCUUUGCCAGUGGCUCUGCUGCAAUUUUGCUUCUAGCAACUCUUGCUCCAAUUUUGGGAAGUCUAGACUCCGGUGGGCGAAGGCGGAAGCACCGGAAGGCGGAAGCUGCAAAAGCACCGGAUUGUGGACUACUUGAGAAA